UAUGACCAUGACAAACAUGGCGGCCGCGGCUUCAUAAAGCAACCGAGAUUCCAUUCGCUGAUUGCAGUAACACCUUUAGAUCCGGCCAUUCGUUUGACAUCACUCCCGGCGCGCCAUGGAGGCAAGCUCAUAGCUCUUCCGGUUUUAGAGGCGGACCUGCAGAGAGAAAACAGACUUAGAGGUUCUCGCCGCGAGACACGGAAGGGAUGCAACGCGAGCAGCAUGGAGAGAGAAGGUGAGACGUCUGUAGUUGUCGCCGUUGUGACUGAGCCUCGGUUUACCCAGCGAUACAGAGACUACCUCGAGAAGCAGAAACUCCUGGAUAGACAGCACCGUGUGCAGAAGCUGCGGGAUGGCAUGGUGGCACUCCCGGUGCUUGCGGAAACCCUCCCUGAGCGGCAACUACAGGAGCUGAGGAAUCGCGUGGCCCCGGGCAGCUCCUGCAGGCUGACGCAGCUCCUCGAUCCUCUUCCGUCCAAAAAGGCCCGGGUUUGUUCUCCUGCGCAAAGUCUGUGCCUUGAGGUGAGGCGCUGGGUAGAGGACCGCGGGGUGACGUGGUGCGCCGAGCUGGAGGCGGAUUUGCCCCGGUCAUGGCAACGGCAUGGUGACCUAAUGCUGCUUAGUGAAGACUGUUUCCAAGCCGAGCAAUGGCAGAGUCUGGAACCAGAACUCUGGGAGACUGUCGCCUCGGCCCUUGGAGUUCAACGUUUGGCAAAACGAGGGCGGGUGUUGCCUGAUGGUACUCGAACGCCAUCGGUGACUCUGCUGCUGGGUGACCAUGGCUGGGUAGAGCAUAUGGACAAUGGCAUCCGGUAUACGUUUGACGUGACCCAGUGCAUGUUCUCUUUCGGGAACAUCACUGAGAAACUUCGGGUGGCAUCGCUGUCCUGUGCUGGAGAGGUCCUGGUGGAUCUCUACGCCGGGAUCGGGUAUUUCACAUUGCCCUUCCUAGUUCAUGCCGGUGCUGCCUUCGUCCAUGCCUGCGAAUGGAAUCCCCAUGCCGCCGCUGCUCUCAGAAACAAUUUGGAGAUCAACGGCGUGGCAGACCGGUGCCAGAUACACUUUGGAGACAACAGGAAGCUGCAGCUCUCCAACGCUGCAGAUAGGGUGAACCUAGGGCUGAUCCCCAGCUCUGAAGAAGGCUGGCCCGUUGCCUGCCAAGUGCUUCGGAAGGAUGUCGGGGGUGUUCUGCAUAUCCACCAAAAUGUGGAGUCAUUCUCGGGCAGGAAACCCCAGCCUCUUGGAAGCAGUGACACGAGAAAAGAGCAUGGGCCUCAUCCCCAGAAAAUUAUCACUGAUAAACAGGGAAAUGGUACUACUGGGAAUGUCAGGGGGGACAUGCUGCCGUCAGCCAGCAAACCAGAGUGGCACAGCUGGGCAGAAUCUACAGCCACUCAAAUCGCCUCUCUUCUUCAUCGGGUGCAUGGGGGAGUGUGGAGGACACAAAUCCUGCGUGUCCACCCAGUGAAAUCUUAUGCCCCCCACGUGGAUCACAUGGUCCUAGAUCUGGAAUGCCGCCCUGUCCUCUAGUUGCCUAGGAGAGGUAGACUGGGUGACACAGUAUAGCCGAAGGAGUGGCCCGUGGUGCUUCAGCUAGGGCCGAGUUCUCACCCUCUUGUUGUCCAGUGGUCAUCUUUUUUUAAUGAUUUGUGGCCUGAAAAUGAACUCUAGAUCAUCCCCAAAAUUUUUAUUUCCUGUUGAUCACACUGAGAAUGUUAAAGUGUCAGAGGAAAUCGGGACUACUCAUUAAAAAUAGGGCUCAUUUGUGAGUCAGGAGCUCUGCGUUUUUCCCUUCGUUUUCAGUGGGCCUACGGUCUUAAUAUUCAUUUGGUCUUGGAUUUAUUUGCACAUAAGGUUUCCUUGAAUUGGAUCGUGUGGCUUUUUUUCUAGCAAGUCGUAUACAGACGUUAUUAGAAGGAAAUACUAUUUCACUGUUGGUGCUAUUCCCAGAGAUCACUAGCUACGGCAGGAGAAAUCGGCUGGAAAGCCAAGAUCAAAAUAGAGACCAGUGAGGAAGCAGUCCAGUUCUACAGAAGUUCUGUAGUUGUUCAGGCACUGCGUGUUAGUGGUUUGCACCAGGGUGGCAGCUGUGGGGAUUUGAAAAAUAAAUAUAAAUAGGUUUGAAAAAUAAAAUCAAUGGGACCAAAUAAUGAACUCCAAAUUGUAGCAGUAACAAGAUGGUACUUUGUUUUUGUGACUAAAUUACAGAGGAGGGGGACAAUGGAGAUCACUCCAAUCUAGCAUUCCUUGGUGGGGUGACUGCUUGUCGGGGUGGGAGGGUCUUAUAUAUUAAAUCUUUUUAUUUUAUGUUAAGGAGGGUUAAGAAUUACUUCUUUGUCCCAGAGUAGUAACCCAUGUCUGUAAGAUUGCAGUAAGAUCAAGGAUAACUCAUGUCACACUCCAUAGUGAGACAGACACUGUCUUAAAGCCAAAAGUCAGUUCUAUGAAUUUUAGGGAAUCUAAAGUCUAGCCUUGGACUGUGUGAUA